UUCUUUUCUAUUCUAUUCUCACCUACUUUUCUUCCUUCUUUGUUUUUUGAUUGACCGGCCACCGGUACCCCCAACCAAACACCUCGCCGGACCGGCCAUCAAAACAAAACAAAACAAAACAAAACCAUUUUAGUACCAUUGUUAUUAUUAUUAUUUAGAGUACAUUUCACAUCUUAAUUAUGUUAUGUUUUGGGACAUAAAUGCAGCCAUUGCCUCUUAUUCUUCUGUUUUCAAAAAGGGUUUUUUGUUUCUUUAUUUAUUUGACUUGUACACAAGCCAGAAGAAAGAUGACCACCAAGGUUAAGGGCCUGUUGAAAGGCCUCAGAUACAUUUCACAGAUAUUUGAUGAGAAAGAAGAGGAAAUACAAAUUGGGUUUCCCACUGAUGUAAAGCAUGUUGCUCACAUUGGUUGGGAUGGCCCUUCUGCCAAUAAUGGCCCCAGUUGGAUGAGUGAGUUCAGGACCCCUACAGAAGUGUCAUCAGGGCCAUUGGAAGCUACUGGCCCAAUGAACUCCCAACAAGGCACUCAAGACCCUUUAACACAAAAUGAAAAUACGAAAUCAAGGCGCCACCAUUCGAGCAAUUUGGGCGGCUCGGAAGCUAGUUCGCCAACCAAGAGAGGCCCCUCUUCGGAGGGUAAGCAUUCCAGGCGCCGCCGUUCAACAACAGAUGCUUCUGCUAGCUCCCCUGCUCGUGAUUCGUCUGGCAGUUCUCGCCAUUCUAGGCGGCAACACAAGUCUAAUCUUGGAGUGGACUCAGCUGGUCAGGACCAACCUGCUAUCCCAAGAAGCUCUCGUAGGAAGAAGGGGUCAUCAUCAACCGAAGGAAGCUCCACAAGAUCAUCAAGAUCAAAAGGCCAUCAUUCAUUGACAGAUACUCAAUACUCUGAUCUUGGAACAGAGUCUGAAACAGGGCUUGAAUUGAAGAACAAUGAGGAACAAGUCAGGAGGGAAUAAUACUAAUAAUAAAGCCAAAUUGCUUUGCUUUUUCAAGUGAGAGGUUUUGAUAUGAACCUCCUAUGCAGCAAUAUGUCACCUUUCAAUUGUUUUUUUUUUUAAUUUUUUUUUAAUUUCUUUCUUUCUGAUUAACAACUUUGGAUGGGAAAGUCAACUCAGCAAAUGAAAAUCAUUGUUUGUCUUGCCUAGAAAAAUAACAUAGGAUAGGACAAGAGUUGUUGGGUUGAAUUUGUCAUUGGUACUGUCUUGGGUUUUUUUCUUCUUUAAUUUCAGUUUCAAGACAUCAUAGUAAAGAGUUGAAUAAUCUGUACAUGACUUACUUCUUAUCUCUUGUCCCUUGAGGGAAUUUUUGAAUAGAGAAAAACAAAUAUGCUGUAAAAAGCUAAUAUAUGCUGUCUUUCAUUUAUAGAUAUGAUUCAGCCUGUUCUCUAAAUAGACUUUUUGACAUGUAAAACUUCAAAACAAAAUCAGGGAAAUUUCUCUGAUCCAAAGUUGCAUCCUUGUUCUUAUAUGUAACUUGUCAAAGAACACUUUUUUCUAAGUCAAAACAAUUACAUUCCUAGAAAAGGCAUCAACUUUUUUCUUCAAUGUUUCAAUAACAUAUGAAGAGUGGAGUGCUUUUCCACAUUGUAACACAACAGACUCCGAUUUUCAUCAAGUAUUCUUCCACA